GUUUGAAAUAUCGACAGUUCGAUUAAACCGCAGGAACCGGCUGUGGUGUCAGUCACCAGCGGAGCAUCGAUCUCAUCACAUUUCAUCUCUCUUUCUCUCCCUCCCUUCCUGUCUCUUUUUCUUCCCCCUCUCUCUCUCUCUCUCUCUCUCUCUCUCACACACACACACACACACACACACACACACACACACACACACACGUAAGUGAGCGAAAGCGAAAGGGAACGGGCAGCAGUCUCCCUCCUGCUUUUCUUAAUCCGUGGCCGCAGCGAGAGGGAGGGAGAGAGGGAGAGAGAGAGAGAGAGAGCGCGAGAGAGAGAGAGCGCGAGCGAGAGAGAGAGAGAGAGAGAGAGGAGGAGAAUAGUGAAUAGCUCCCCGCAUCAUUCCAGAUGGCUGCCUUUGAAUCAGCAGCGGGCAGGGAUGGGAGCAGGCUCGCCGCUUCAGCCACUUGAUUCUCCUUCGCUCUGAGCCCGCUGCUCCGGGGAGAGAGAGAGAGCGAGAGAGAGAGAGGCAGGCCAGGCGCGGAGGUGUCCCCGGCCGGAAGCGCUUCACACUCGGCUUGGGGUUGGAGGAAGUUUCCGUUGGAAUUUCAGGACCAUGGAUGGGGCUCUAUCCUGCUCGGACUUGUGAAGCUCAAGCACGUUUUGCCACUUUCUUGUCCUCUUUUUCAGUGAAAAUAAUACAAAAACUCUGAGCACACAGACAGGCUUCCUUCUUUAAUGCAAAAUCAGGACUGUUAGCCCUCACAGUGCGAUGGUCACAUGACUGCAGCAUGACCGCCAGUCAGCCGAUCCACUGCUUCAGCUUGGCUUAGUGACCAAUCAGAGACCCCUUUCCACACAUGUGCGGCAUUUGCCAUGAAUCUGGCUGUGAAGCUGCGGAGGAACCUGAGGAGGCUGGUUAUCCUCCUCGCCACCUUCUGCAUGGUCAGUGUCAUCAUCUCCGCCUACUAUCUCUACGCAGGCUCUGCCCAGGAGCUGGACCUUGCGGACCGCGGCAUCGGCUCAGACUGCGAUGACCUACGGGCGCUCCCUUUUAGGCAAGUUGAGCCCCGGACGCCUAAGCCCAUGGACCCAUCGAGGAAGGACCCUGUGGUUCUGGUGUUUGUGGAGAGCCAGUACUCCCAGUUGGGGCAGGACAUCAUCGCCAUUCUGGAAUCUAACCAGUUCCGCUACCAUGCUGAGAUUGCCCCAUGGAAGGGUGACAUUCCGCCGCUGACCCACAAGGGCCGUGGUCGCUACGCGCUGGUCAUCUAUGAGAACGCACUUAAGUAUGCUGGGAUGGAUGCGUGGAACCGGGACUUGCUAGACAAGUACUGCGUGGAGUACAGUGUGGGUGUGAUCGCCUUCCACCGUGCUAGUGAGAACUCCCAGCCCACCUUGCACCUCAAGGGCUUUCCGCUCACGCUGCGGACCAAUGUAGCACUGCGCGAUUGUUGCGUCAACCCUCGCUCACCUCUGCUGUAUGUCACGCGAGCAGAGGUGGACCGUGGACCACUUCCAGGCGAGGACUGGACCGUGUUCCAGUCAAACCACUCAACUUAUGAGCCUGUACUGCUGGCUAAGCCGCGGCCCAGCUCAGACGAUGCUAACAAGCAGAAUCAGGCAGGGCUGCAUGGGGUUCAGGCCACGGUGGUGCAGGACUUGGGACUCUAUGACGGGGUGCAGAGGGUGUUGUUCGGGCAAGGCCUGGGCUACUGGCUGCAUAGACUCAUACUGGUGGACGCCAUCGCAUACCUCACAGGCAGGAAACUGUCACGUUCGCUGGAGCGCUACAUCCUGGUGGACAUUGACGAUAUCUUUGUUGGGAAGAAAGGCACGAGGAUGAACGUGGACGAUGUGAAGGCUCUUCUGGAGACACAGAACAUGCUGCGGACUCAGAUCUCAAACUUCACCUUCAAUCUGGGCUUCUCGGGGAAGUUUUUCCACACAGGCACGCAGGAGGAAGAUGAAGGGGAUGAUCUCCUGUUGAAGUACGUGGAUGAGUUCUGGUGGUUUCCUCACAUGUGGAGUCACAUGCAACCUCAUCUAUUCCACAACGAGUCGUCACUGAUGGAGCAGAUGAUUCUCAACAAGGACUUUGCACUGGAACAUGGUAUUCCUGUGGAUAUGGGUUAUGCAGUAGCCCCCCACCAUUCUGGAGUGUAUCCCGUCCAUAUGCAGCUGUAUGAAGCGUGGAAGAGAGCGUGGGGGAUCAGAGUGACCAGCACUGAAGAAUAUCCACAUCUCAAGCCUGCCCGCUACCGCAAAGGCUUCAUCCACAAUGACAUCAUGGUGCUGCCGCGUCAGACGUGUGGUUUGUUCACACACACCAUCUUCUAUAAGGAAUACCCUGGAGGUCCGAAAGAGUUGGACAAGAGUAUCCGAGGAGGAGAACUCUUUCUGACUGUCCUGCUCAACCCUAUCAGUAUCUUCAUGACUCAUCUGUCUAACUAUGGAAAUGACCGUUUGGGUCUGUACACGUUCGUCAACCUGGCCAACUUCUUGAAAUGCUGGACCAACCUGAGACUGCACACGCUCCCCCCUCUACAGCUCGCCCAUUAUUACUUCACACUCUUUCCCGAGCAGAGGAACCCACUCUGGCAGAACCCAUGUGAUGACAAGCGACACAAGGACAUCUGGUCUAAAGAGAAGACGUGCGACAGACUCCCAAAGUUUAUGGUGGUUGGACCUCAGAAAACUGGCACCACAGCGCUCUACCUCUUCCUCCUCAUGCAUCCCUCCAUCUCCAGCAGCUUUCCCAGCUCCAAAACGUUUGAGGAGGUGCAGUUCUUCAACACCAACAACUACCACAAAGGCAUCGACUGGUACAUGGAGUUUUUCCCCGUGCCAUCCAACGUCAGCACAGACUUCCUGUUUGAGAAAAGCGCCAACUACUUUCCCUCAGAGGACACGCCCAAAAGAGCCGCCGCGCUGCUGCCCAAAGCCAAGAUUCUCACUCUGCUUAUCAACCCUUCCGACAGAGCCUACAGCUGGUACCAGCACCAGAGAGCUCACGAAGACCAAGUGGCACUGCGCUUCAGUUUCUAUGAGGUGAUUUCAGCCAAUCAGCAUGCUCCUGCUGAGCUGCGCUCACUGCAGAACCGCUGCCUUGUUCCAGGCCUCUACGCCACACAUCUGGAGAGAUGGCUCACUUACUACCCACCCAGCCAGCUUAUGAUAAUUGAUGGUCAGCAGCUGCGGAAUGACCCUGCAGCUGUGAUGGACGAGGUGCAGAAGUUUCUGGGCGUUUCUCCAUACUUCAACUACUCCCAGGCUCUCACAUUUGAUCCUCAGAAGGGCUUUUGGUGUCAGUUGCUGGACGGAGGCAGAACCAAGUGUUUGGGUAAAAGCAAAGGCCGCAGAUACCCCCCGAUGGACGCAGAGUCUCGUGCAUUUCUCUCUCGCUUCUACAGAGAUCAUAACAUAGAGCUGUCAAAGCUUCUCCACAGGCUGGGUCAACCUCUCCCUGCAUGGCUCCGUGAGGAACUCCAGAAAGUCAGGUAGCACUAACCACAUGCCUCGACCCUUCCUGCUGCUCUGGGGGUCAGAGGUCAAGGAAUCAUGACUCCAAAGGACUCCGAGCACCUGGACAGAGUUCACCUGGAUGCUGAAGGGGGUGGAGAAUGAAAACAUAGCCACCAAUCAGCACGGAUGCUGGCCUGUAAGCCCUCGAGCGGGUGUGCAAAAAUGCCACGACAGCAUGGACACGGGAACAUAUUCAGAGUGACUGCAUCAAACCUCAAACAUCAAAACAGCUUCGCACACACACACGCACACACACACACACACACACACACACAAACUGCCCACCUCCAUCCUCCAUGCAGAGUAUUCGGAUUCUCCUGAAGACCUCAUGUAGCUGGAUCAGCUGAUCAGGGCCUGAAUUAAAGUGAUAGUUCAGUGACAAAUCUAAUUUGCACAGUUCACCCAGAACGUAGUGAUCAGCUCAUGAUAUGUUCGGUGUCUGAAGUUUCCUUCUUUAGUUUUGUGCUGGAGCUUCAGGGCUAAUGUAGCUAAAAAGUAAUGAAAACCUUUGUGUAUGAAUUGGCAUUAUGUAAACUGCAGACAUUAUAUUUACAUAUCAGCCUUGAAGAAACAUCGUUCCGUGUCUUAUAGUAGAAAUAACGAUGGGAAACGCAGGCCUGGCAAUAGUGGCGUUUGUGCUUGUGUGGGGGGUGAUAGUGAUUAGCCACUUUUUAUCCUAAAAGUGCUUUGAAUAUGCACUAAUGCAUCUAAUAGUGUGUUUUGUAUUUCGAUUUUGUUGGACAUGAACGGGUAUGUAGGGGUGUCCAGGUGUAUUUCUAAGGAUCAAGUAAGGAUCAAAUAAGCAUAAAACAUUUCAAACCUUUGUUUACUUCACUGUCAUAAGCGGUUAUUAUUCACAACCUGUUGCUGUUAAAUGUCUGUAGCUGUGGUGUUUCUGCUGUUUAAAUGCAAGCAACAUGCCACCAAAACCAUGCACUAAAUAUACUCCUGCCGCGUUUUGCACCCUCGAGUCUCAACCCUUUAAUUUAUUGUGGAAAAGUGUUGGUUCGCUGGCUGCAUGAGUGACUUCUGAUUUAGUGAUGUUGGCAGAAACGUUAGCGCUUUCAGAUGAAAGUGAAAGGUGCUGCUACUGUGCCAUAUGAGGCAACAUGAAAGCUUUGUAUAAUCAACACCCUAUAAGAUGAUCAUUUCACCUUAGAAAACGUAAAUUAAGGCUGUCAGUUCAGACUUCAGUGAUUUCAAUGCAGAACUUGAAAAUAACUUGUAGCCAAAUGGUCAGAUUUGACCACAGUCAAUAUUACUAUAAAAUGGUCAUUUGGAAAAAAAACAUCAGUCCAGAAUGUCAUGCUCCCAAGAAAAUAAAAUGAUUUUACUGUAGUGUUAAUUGACAUAGCAUCUUAUCUGUGAAAACGCAAAUAGCAGAUCAGACUCUGCGAUGGCUGAUACUCAAUAUUAGACAGCUCUGAUCAGAUCAGGGGUCAGAAAGUGAACGGUGAUGUCCCUAAAGCCCUUGUUGAAAACGGAAUCUUCUUGUGUUCCUAAUGCAAAACUGUCAGCCAACCAAAAUAUCCACUUGACAGUUUUCCUGUAGUCAAAACUGUCCGCUGAUAAAGAACUAGAGGACAGGAGAGCUGAAAAAGUCAAACACACUGAAAAGGCUGUGCAUGAAUCAAUCUCAAGGCAUAUAUUCAGGUUUUUUCAAGCAAUAGGUUUAAAUAAAUAUGUAACUUUAAUAUGAUACAUUUAUUAUAACUAUAAUAAUGUAUUCCUAUGCCGUGGAAAUGAUGUUGUCAUGUUGAACAUUAGCCUCAGAACUCCAAUGUAAAACUUAAGAAGUAGACUUCAGACACCACACACGUCUUGGCUGAUUGACUAUGUUUGGGAUAGGGAGAAAACUGUGUGCAUUCGAUUUUUGGUCAAACUCUUGCUGUGGACUCUAGCUCUUUAGGACUAGGGUCGGUCAUAAUGUGAAAGUUUUUAUAGCCGCUGCUGACAGACGUCAUUACUGUUCCAUGCUCAUCCUCAUCGAGCACUAACUGCGACAUUUUAAAAGAAUUACUUUAUUGUUUUCAUCAUUUUUCCUCCUGAGAACCUGCAGUUCAUUUUCUCUCGCACUGACCAUUGCUCAAAUUCUAGAUUUGCACUCAUACAUGAACUCUUUACCAAACAGCUGGUCAAGAUUAGGGAUGGCACUGCAAAGGCAACGCAGUCAGGCUGGACACUGAUUGCGACGAGUCGUCGAUAAGCUGCUAGUUGAUGGAGUGAUGUCACUGGCCGUCCUGAUCAAUACUGUUAAAAGGACUUGAAUGAACACGCGAAUGAAGCGAAAUCAAUUUAUUCUGAAUUAACAGUGAAUUAAACAGCUCGCUGCUGAUCAAAUCCUGAGAACAGUGUGUCUGUGGGCGAGUGAGCGCGCGAGUGGGUGUAUGCUUGUCUAGGUUAGCCAUAGCCGUGCUCAUUUGGCAGGAGCUGAUUGAUUUUUUUGUGUGAAUUUUAUCCUUUUUAUUUUUCUUAUUUGAGAACGUUUGCCUCAUUUCCGAGAGAAAGUGCUUUGGAAAGAUGUACAUAACUAUAAAUAUAUAAAUAUAUAUUAAACACUGGAAAUAUGUUUUAGUAACCAUG